GAGAGCAACAGCCAUUGAGAACCAAGAUUAUUAGCAUACAUUGGUACUUUCUAGCAGUAGAACUAAAGAAUAAGGAAGGAGAAGAAGUAGUUUUGCUUCUCUCUCUCUCUCUCUCUCUCCCCCAUUCAAGUUUCAAUCUUAUUAUUAGCCCACCAAGAAAACCCACUGAAGCAAUCAUCAUCAUGAUGAAACACCCUCUGCACCCAGCAGCACUCCAGAAAAGCAUUUCUCUCUGUCAUCAAAACCUUUCUUCCCUUAAAUUUACCAACACUCUCCCAGUCUCACCCAGCACACCAACAACCCCAAAACCAUGAAAAAACUUUCUUCUUCUUCUCUCUCUCUCUUUCCCUUCAUCACAUUCUUCUUCUUCUUCUUCUUUCUCCAAACCUCCACAGUCCUCUGUUCUCCUCCCCCUCAGUCUUUCCAACUCAGUGCUCUGAUUUCCCUCAAAUCCUCCCUCAAAGACCCUCUCUCCACCUUCCAUGACUGGGUGGUUCCCAGUACUUCCCACCCAAACGACCCCGUUUGGUGUUCAUGGUCUGGCGUCAAAUGCCACCCCAACACCUCCCAAAUCGUCACCCUCGACCUCUCUCAACGCAACCUCUCCGGCCUAAUCCCACCACAAAUUCGCUACUUGUCUUCCCUAAUUCACCUCAAUUUCAGUAGAAACAAGUUCAGCGGGCCUCUGCAACCCGCCAUUUUCCAACUCAGCAACCUCAGAAUCCUCGACAUAAGCCACAACGACUUCAACUCAACUUUCCCACCUGGGAUUUCAAAGCUCACCUUCUUGAGAAUCUUCACUGCUUACAGCAACAGCUUCACCGGCCCCUUGCCCCAAGAGUUCAUCAAACUCCGAUUCUUGGAGCAGCUCAACCUCGGCGGAAGCUAUUUCGACGGCGAAAUCCCAGAAGGCUAUGGAACUUUCCCGAGACUUCAGUUCCUCUACCUGGCCGGAAAUGUUCUUAAGGGCCCAAUUCCACCGCAACUGGGCCUUCUGUCGGAGCUGACCCGAAUGGAGAUCGGGUACAAUCAGCUUUCAGGUGAAGUUCCUGUAGAAUUGGUUCUGUUGUCGAAUCUCACGUACUUGGACAUCUCCAAUAACUUUCUCUCCGGAUCGCUCCCGCCAGAGCUCGGCAACUUAACCAGGCUCGACACAUUGUUACUCUUCAAGAAUCGUUUUUCAGGCACAAUCCCGCAAAGUCUCGGGCUUUUACAAGGUCUCAAGUCGCUCGAUUUGUCCGAUAAUGGGCUCAACGGCUCAAUCCCACCAGGAAUUGCUACGUUGAAGGAGCUUACAAUGAUAAGUUUAAUGGACAACUUUCUGGUUGGUGAAAUCCCAGACAAAAUCGGAGAGCUACCCAACUUGGAACACUUGCUUCUUUGGAACAAUUCACUGACAGGCGUCCUUCCCCAGAGCUUAGGCUUCAGUGAGAAGCUUGUGAGGGUCGAUGUCUCGUCCAACUCUCUCACCGGUCCAAUCCCUCCAAAUCUCUGCAGAGGCAACAAGCUCGUCAAGCUCCUACUCUUCUCAAACAAGUUCAUCAACCCCCUCCCAAACACCUUAACCAACUGCACUUCCCUGUUACGCUUCCGAAUCCAGAACAAUCAAAUCAACGGGUCGAUUCCGACGGGUUUUGGGUUCUUGCCCAAUUUGACUUAUGUUGACCUCAGCAGCAACAACUUCACCGGUACCAUCCCUGAAGAUCUCGGCAAUGCCGAAAACCUCGCGUAUUUGAACAUUUCCCAGAACCCACUUCACACAGUCCUUCCAUCAAACAUAUGGAAAGCAAAAAACCUCCAGAUCUUCUCCGCCAGCUCGAGCAAGCUCACAGGUAAAAUCCCAGACUUCAUUGGUUGUAGAAACUUCUACAGGAUCGAGCUUCAACGUAACGAUUUUAACGGCACAAUUCCCUGGGACAUUGGUCACUGCGAGAAGCUUCUCUACUUGAACCUGAGCCGUAAUUCGCUGACCGGCAUUAUACCAUGGGAAAUCUCCGCUUUGCCCUCCAUCACCGACCUCGAUCUCUCGCAUAAUUUUCUCUCCGGUACGAUCCCUUCCAACUUUGAGAACUGCAGUACGUUGGAGACUUUCAACGUUUCGUUUAAUUUGUUAACCGGUCCGAUACCCGCGUCCGGUUCGAUUUUCCCGAAUCUCCACCCGACGUCGUUUACGGGGAAUGAGGGCCUGUGCGGCGGCGUUUUGGCGAAGCCCUGUGCGGCUGACACGUUGUCGGCUGGAGCGGUGGAGGUUCGCGGUCACGAGCAGCCGAAGAAGACUGCCGGCGCGAUAGUUUGGAUCAUGGCGGCCGCGUUUGGCAUCGGGCUUUUUGUGCUCGUCGCGGGGACCCGCUGCUUUCACGCGAACUACAGCCGUCAGAUGGACGAGAGUCAGCAGAUCGGACCGUGGAAACUGACUGCUUUCCAGCGGUUGAAUUUUACCGCGGAUGAUGUGCUGGAAUGUUUGGAGAUGAGCGAUAAGAUUAUAGGGAUGGGAUCCACUGGGACGGUGUACAGAGCGGAGAUGCCAGGGGGCGAGAUCAUAGCGGUGAAGAAGCUGUGGGGGAAGCAGAAGGAGAACAGCAGCAUCCUGAUCAGACGGAGGAGAGGGGUGUUGGCGGAGGUGGAGGUGUUGGGGAACGUGAGGCACAGGAACAUAGUGAGAUUGUUAGGGUGCUGCUGCAACAGGGACUGCACCAUGCUGCUCUACGAGUACAUGCCUAAUGGGAACUUGGACGAUUUGUUGCAUGGGAAAAACAAGGCGCAAAAUUUGGUGGCGGAUUGGGUUACGAGGUACAAGAUAGCGCUUGGUGUGGCUCAGGGGAUUUGUUAUCUUCACCACGACUGCGACCCGGUGAUCGUGCACCGCGAUCUAAAGCCGAGCAAUAUUUUGUUGGACGGUGAAAUGGAGGCCAGAGUGGCGGAUUUUGGGGUGGCCAAGCUGAUCCAGAGCGAUGAGUCCAUGUCCGUCAUCGCCGGCUCCUAUGGCUACAUUGCGCCAGAAUAUGCUUAUACUCUACAAGUGGAUGAAAAGAGUGAUAUAUACAGCUAUGGGGUGGUUUUGAUGGAGAUUUUAAGCGGCAAGAGAUCAGUGGACGCAGAGUUUGGAGAUGGAAACAGCAUUGUGGAUUGGGUUAGGUCCAAGAUCAAGACCAAAGACGGGAUCAAUGACGUGCUGGACAAGAAUGCCGGGGCGGGUUGUGCGCCGGUGAGGGAGGAGAUGAUGCAAAUGCUCAGAAUUGCGCUGCUUUGCACCAGCAGGAACCCGGCGGACCGGCCGUCGAUGAGGGACGUGGUAUUGAUGCUGCUUGAAGCCAAGCCCAAGAGGAAGUUGCUGGCUAGUGUUGGUGGCCGUGAUCAUAAUGGGGUUGGUGGGGGUGGAGCUCCUGAUAUUCCUUUGCCACAAAAGCCAUCGGCUGAAUGUUAAUAGGAUUCACUUUUAAGCCUUGAGGGGUUUUAAUUUCUUCUCUCUUUCUUUUUUUUUUGGGUUUUUUUUGGUUAAUUUUCAAAUGGUGGGGGGAUUGGUAUAGGAGAAGCAUUUUCUUGUUUUACUUUAUUUCAAUGGAAUUUUCUCAAAGUGUUACGUACUGUUUUGCUCUUAU